ACAGGUGCUCCGACUUUCAGUAGCUACGGUAAACAAACCUCAUUGAACGUGAUUUUACAUGGAAACUGAUUUCUUUUGAUGAAUGUUAUAAGAUGCUUAAUAAGUGACUUUAAACGCUUUUAAACAUUCUCUCAAACAAUGGCAGCGACUGAUAUUCAAGGAAGCUGGUUUCCUUCUGGGUACUAUGGACAUUUUCGCAGCAAGUCCAGGGCAGAUUUUGUGUGUGAAUACCGACAACUGGCAAGGCCCAUACCACCCAAGAAGUUCAUAGCGCGAUCAACUGAGCCAACAAGAAGACAUGUGUUUUCACACCAUGAUAAUCGUGAAGCUUUUCUUAAUGAUGCACUCAUUUUUCAGCAGGGUUUAGGGCGCAGAAGGGUCCCUAACAGCACUUACCAUUUCAAGAACGACUUCAUGGCAUGGAUGCCUGAGAGAGAAUAUGUUGAGAAAACCCAACGACCAUUGGCAUCGACCUACAAGCAGGACUUUGCACAAAGCAAAAAGCAGCUCUUUAUUGAACGCCCCAAAACAUCUUUUGAAGGAGUCCCAACAACAUCCUACAGAUACGCUCACGGUUCUGGAGCCCCUAACAGGUACGCAAUUGACGCUAUGAACAAUGAAGCAUUGAAGCUGAGUUUGCUAAACAGAAAAGAUCGGGCGAUGACUGCAGUGAACAAGGGGCGGGAGUCUGUAGCGUCAUGCUUGACAUGGGUGUCGGCAAAGCCUAAGCCAGUCCAAUCUGACUUAACGUCGAGUCGACCUGUGGUUCCUCCUGCCACCCAGACAACCAUGUUUUUACCCCAUCCCCCAUCUUCCCCUAAAUCUCAGAUGGUACAGGAGGCAUGGCCAGUCCCUCAGUCAUCCCCACCUGUCCAGCAGCAAGCUGAGUCCUCGGCCCCAGUGACCUCACAGGCAGCUGAGUGAGUAAGCAUUUCCACUGUCGAAUCCCAUACAAACCAGUUACUGCAAAGGGGAUCUAUCGCUCAGAGACCCAAUGAAAGACAUGAAAGGUUUCAAAGGUGUUUCAUUAGUCUGGGAUUUCAGUCUGAGAAAUUAUUUUCAAAUAUAGACUCUUAAAAAAGGGAGUGAUACUUUCGUAGCUAGGAAGUGUUUAGUCAAUAGAAUUGCUAGUGCAAGUAGUGCUGAUGUUGUAGCUUAGCAAUAUACCAUUACUAGGGUCAUUUUUCAUGUAACAACUAAAUAUGUUAAUGUGUAGCUUUAACAGUAAUGACAAUGCUCCUCAUUUACAGUUCUUGCAGCUUAGUUUCAAAAUAAAGCUCACCAAUUUUGAAAAUAAUUUAUGCUUUUAAUUCACUUUUAUUAUGAUCUAAGAGAUUUAGGCCUCAAUAUAUUGAUCAUAUGUACAACAAUUUUUUGGCACCACAAAUAAGUAAAAUGAAAUAAUACAAGAAUACGCUGUAAUUAAUGGUCUAUUUCCGAUUGCCAAAAUUUUCAAAAGCAGAGUUGUUUUUUUGCUUUUCAUUUUGAUAGUGAACAAGUUAAAUGACAUAGACUGCUUAUGAUAAUUUAACAAUGAAUGGUACAAUUUGUUAUUCCAAAUGGUACGUAUAAAAAGAACCUUCAAUGUUAGCUUCCCAAGAAAACAUGACCCGAUUAGUUUUCUUGGUAGAUUUAGACGAUUUGUAGCCAUAUAACACAACUUGCUCAGUGAAAAACAUUUCCAUUUGUUGAGUCAAACUUUAAUUGAUGCAUUUAUAAUAUCAUACCAUUUAGUGUUAUAUUUUAAUUGCGUAUCUUUCUACAUAACAAGAUUAUGCCAUAAAAUAUGGCAUAUUGAUUUUCUAAUCAAAGGGAGGGUUUUUGAUAAUACAAAAAAAAAUACUGAAGAUUGUUACACUGUUUAAUGUUAUAUGAUUGCCCAAUGAAGUAGUAAUUAAUGUUGUUAUCCAGAAGACAAUCUACGUUUAAUGUUCUUUUCAAAAUGUUCUGCACUAUGUCUAAGCUCAAAGAUAUUAUUGAAUCAAAAUAUAUAGUAUAACCAAUACAAAAACAUGUAAUUAGCUACAAUUCAUGGUACUAAACUGUUGCUGGUUGUGUACAAUAUUGUUAAUUAUGUUAUGUCAUUUAUAAAGUCUAUGUUUAUUUGUUUGUUUAUGAAUUAAGAUAAAAAAUAUACAUGACAUACACACUUUUUAAAAUUUGUUAUUAUGAUGCAAAUCCUCAUUAUAUUUUAGGAAAUUGCACUAAAUAUUAAUUAUAUGAACUUGUUCACUGAUUGUCAAAAUGACAACUUUUUUCCAACUUUACAAAUUCCAAAAAUAAAAAAUAAAAACAUUUCAUGACAAAGCAAAAUACAACUUAUGACAUAGACACAUACUAAAAAUACAACUUUCUUAAUGAAUUAUCAUCAUUCAAAAACAUAACGUUACAAAGCGUUUCUAACCUGAAACAAUUGAUAAAUUUGGUUUGAUUCUGUUGGUUUUGUUAAUUUAAACAAUUAACAUUCCGGAUUGCCGAGAGGUUAAGGUGAUAUGCUUUUUAUCUUGAGGAUACUUGUUUGAGUCCAAAUAAGUUUUAAAAAAUCUUACAUUAUAUUAUUGUUAUUUUAAUGAAGAUCUAAAUUUCCUGUGUUUAAAUUUAGCAACAUUAUAGGCAAUGUUUUUCACACAUAAAAAAAAAAAUUCCCCUAUCUGUGAACAAGACACUUUAAGAUUAUUGAUUUAAAAUGCAUGUAUAAUCAAUACUAUUAUAUAAUGCUAAUCUGUGUUUAUUGCUUUUGGUUUUAUUGGUAUAGAUCUGAAUUAGUAUCAUGUUUGUCAAACAAAGCUGAAUACAUUAGUAAUCUCAGGCUUUUAGUCUCUGUAUUCGGUAGGACACUGACAUUUGCCCUGUUUAGCACUUGCUUAAAGUACUUACCGGUAGUUGUUUUUGCUCUUACACCCAAGUCAUGCUCUACACAUCAAGGAUUUGUAGAGUAAUUGUUUUGUAAUCCAGGUCAUAAAUUGCCAGAUUCUAAUGAUAUAAUUAUAAAGGAAAAUAUAUUUCUAGAUUAGUGCCUGGGAAUUGCUAAGUAAAAGGAUGUCAUAUCUAAAUACUUCAUUAAGAUGCUUUAUUCCGUGUUAUGUAGAUUAGUUAGUGCAAUGCCUCAUAACAUGUAUUAAUGUAUAGCUUGUAAAGAUUAUUGCACCUAAUGUUACGUUUUAUCAUUGUAUGUAUAUAAAUUACUUUAAACAUGUGUUAGACAUUGUUUAUUUUUGUAGCUUGUUGUUAAUAUUAAUUGUAUUGUUUGUAUAUUUGUUAAUACAUUUACAUGUACUUCAUAUUACAUCAUGUUGGACUUUGCUCACUAAACUGUAUUUCUAUGCUUGUCUGUAUGGGGUUUGUUUAUGGUAUAGGAUAAGGAUUUUAGUAUGCUAAUGUGUGUAUUAGAAACUCUGUACUUCUGUCUCUCAUUUUAACUAGCAAGUUUAAUUAUUGUUCCGUUCCAUCUAGCAUUGAACUGCCGACUUGCAUUUGACUUUGCCAUUUGAAAAAGCUUGUUUGACAGCAGAAGUAAAUAUACUGUGUUUCAGUGUUUUUAUGUUUGCAUUUGGGCAUUUAUUUUAUAACGGAAAAAUUAUUACAAAUUUGCCAAACAUCAAUAUGGCUUCAUGUAUUUCUGAAUUUUAAUGGAUACGGACAUUUUUAUUGUCAGCCAUUUAAUGAUAUGUGUUUUGAAUCAGAUUUUAAAAUUGUGUGGCUUACUGAACAUUCACAAGUACCGUUUCCUUCAUAAAUUGAACAUAGUCAGUUUGUGCUUUUGCAAACGUAGUAAUUAUAAACACAGUUUUUAUACUUUUAAUAUAUGUGAAACCAAAAAGUAUAAACGUUGCACAAUGAUGCGUCACAGAUAUUUUCUAGCAUUGUUUUGUUAAUCGUGCCAAUGUUUUAUUAAGAAUAAAAACUAAAUGUAACAUAUAUGUAAUGCCCAUUCUUAAGUCGAUAAAGGUCACAAUAGUCAAAAGAGUGACGGUGUGAAUUAAAUUGCAACAGUUGCAACAGGUGAUAUGCUUUUUUUACCAGAUAUUUAUUAACGUUGUUUAUUUAGAUGUUGUUUUUAUCCAAAAAGUUUUAACGUUGUGAUGAUUUUUUUAAAUCUUUUGUUACAACACUUUUACGUUGAUUACCUUCUUGUUUUUCGCUUGUUAACGAUAUUUUACUUUGUAUAGAUAUUAUACAGCUGGUUAUGAUUUUAUUUUCUGAUACGUGUUUCUCCUUUAUACUUCUGUUAUCGUCUUUAACACUCACCUAGAUAUUAAUAAACAUAUAGAAACCAA